AUGCAGGCCCUACUCUUGUUGGUCUUUCUCUUGCCUCCUGAAGCUGGAGCUGGGGAGAUUAUCAGCGGCAUUGAGUCCAAGCCACACUCUUGCCCCUACGUGGCCCAUCUGGAAUUCAUCACUAACCAAGGUUAUGUUGACAACUGUGGUGGGUUUCUCAUAAGUCAAGAAUUUGUAAUGACAGCUGCUCAUUGCCAAGGAAGGCACAUCACUGUCACUGUUGGAGCUCAUAACAUGAAACAGGAAGAACGCACAUGGCAGAAGCUGGAAGUCACGGAACAAUUCAUUCCCCCAAAUUACAACUUCUUUACCAAUCUCAGUGACAUCAUGUUACUGAAGGUGCAAAAAAGAACCAAGCUGACCCAUGCUAUGGGGACAGUUCCCCUGCCCACCCGGUCUACCAUCAUUCAACCUGGGAGAAUGUCAGCAGCUGGCUGGGGCAGUACAGGCGUGACAGAGCCAGAGUCUGAUACUCUGAGAGAGGUGAAGCUGAGACUCAUGGAGGCCUGCAGCCACUUUCCGUUUUAUCAUCCUAAAUUCCAAAUCUGUGUGGGCAAUCCCAGGAAGAGAAGAUCAGCGUACAAGGUGACCAGACACCUACACUUUCUCACCACAUAG